UGAACAGCAGCAGUAUCAGAUCAUUUUUAAAUCCACCCAUCCGUUUACUACAACUACCCGAGAUGUCCAAGCCUAUCCCAGCUGUCUAGCUUUCUGUCAUGCAGCAGAAAAAAAUACUCCAAUCGAACGUGUGGACCACCGGAGAGUGGUCGACGAUACAGUAUCUCGAGGAGCUGGAAUAUCCCGGAGUGCACCUGAAGGCAGCAUGCGUUUAGCUUAACAACCAGCAGGAGCGGUCGCGAGCGGAGAUCAGCAGGGAGGAACGCGCAGCUUCCUGGAAGCCAACGGACAACACGAAGCCUAUCUCUCUCUCUCUCUCUCUCUCUCUCUCUCUCUGACACACUCACACACACACACGCACUCAGACGCGUACAGAGGCCUGGGCGUGUAGGGGGAGGUUCGGGCAUGUUUUUUUUUCAGGUAGCUAGCACGUGAGGGCGGGCGACGUCGACGCUGCCGCUGUGACGUCCGGCGACGCUGAGCUCGCGGGUCGGGCACGCGAGCGGACUCUCGUCAACAACACAUGGGUGCGCGAGGGAGCCUCGCGCGGAGAGGAGCACUGCGGCGGGCCACGCGCACAGCAACAUGGAGGCUUUAGAUCCCCUGCGUCACCAGCAGAAGGUUUAGAAGCGGCUUGAUUCCUCCGUUCGUCCCUCCCGGGCCUUCCUCAGACGCGCCAUGACCAGCGGGGGUCCCGCCCCGGGCCGAGAGGCCCCCGAACCGGAGCCGGGGACACCCGGGUCUGCUGCCGGCGUCCGGCGUGGGCCCGAGACCUUCUGCAGGCUGUGCCUUAGCCAGCAGCCCACCGCAGCUUCCAAAGAACUGCAGGGCUGCAAGUGCAUCUACUGCACAGCGUGUCUGCAGCAGUAUGUCCGGCUCGCCAUAACGGACGGCGGGGGGGCACCCAUCACCUGCCCGGACAUGGCCUGCCCAAAGAGAGGAGUGCUGACAGAUUCCGAGAUAGCCAGUUUGGCCGUCGCAGGGCUGGCCGAGCUGUACCAGCGUCUGAAGUUUGAGCGAGAAGUGAAACUUGACCCAAAUAAAGCCUGGUGCCCAGUGCUUGAAUGUCAGGCGGUGUGCAGCGUGCAGCCCAGCACCGAGGGCCGCCCGGCCGCCGUUCCCUGCCCGACGUGCCGCGCCGUCUUCUGCUCCGGCUGCAGGGGGCCCUGGCACGAUGGCCACGCCUGCCCAGAGCGCCAGCCCAUGAUAUCACCCUCGCCCUCUCACGAAAGCAGUGACACCGACAUGUCCAUCAAGCAGUGUCCUAUGUGCGGUAUCUACAUCGAAAGGAACCAGGGCUGCGCACAGAUGCUGUGCAAAAGCUGCAAACACACUUUCUGCUGGUACUGUCUGCAGAAUCUGGACGGAGAUAUCUUCCUGAGGCAUUACGAUAAGGGACCAUGCAGAAACAAGCUGGGACACUCGAGGGCAUCGGUCAUGUGGAACAGAACGCAGGUGGUGGGUAUCCUUGUGGGGGUGAGUAUCAUCGUGCUGGUGACAUCACCCCUCCUCCUGCUGGCCUCGCCCUGCAUUUUGUGCUGUAUGUGCAAGCCGUGCAGCCGGAAAAAAAAGAAGAAGAAGAAGAAGAGGGAGCACAGCAGGCCCGACCCUUCCACAUCAUAGCAGCUCCCGCACCCACCUGCCUGUCCACCAUUACUCCAGUGACCUUAAGGAAGCCAAGAAAAGCUGCUGAAGGGGGCUGAACAAAUCCGUGGAGCGGUGGAGUAUUUUUCAUCUCUCAAGUGACUGGAAGCCCCUUAAGUGGGUCACCUGAAUUAGCAAGUGCAGACUUUCAUCUUGAACCUUUGCAAGAGAGGGGUUCAGAAAUCACUGUAGAUUUUUUCUUUUUCUUUUUUUUUUUAAGUACUUGAUUUGGUGGAAGUGUAAAUAUUUGGACGAUGAAUGUACAUCUAUACCUUUGCAGCAGUUAUUUUCUGAGGCAUAAAAGGUUGUAACUAGAAAAGCCAUGCCGGCGAGUUUUCCAGGACCGGACACUCUCCAACACACCCCGACAUGCACACACAACGCAGUUCCAAGUGCAACGCCACCCUCAUGUGCCAAACUUCAUGAUGCCAAACCCGAGACGUUAGGUACUCAAGUGCCUCGGUCUAUAGUGCUAGGGACUGGGUUGGGUUUCUUUUGCCUUCCAUUUUAUCUUUAUCUUAUGCAAACAAAAAGAAGAAAAAUAUUAUAUAAGAAAAGUGGACAACCAUCAGGAUUUCACAGGGCUGUAAAAUCCUAAACAAUGCAAAACAUGAAUUACUAAUGUGAGAAAGCAAACGGCAUCAUGUGUGCACUUUAUUAUCUUUAUUGAUAUGAAACAUGAUAGGGCUUCAAUGAUGCACAGAGAGCUGUUCUUCUGUAAGGGUUGUUUCCGACCGGCAUAUGUCCCAACCAAAGGCCCUAAAUAUAUUGUGUGCUUUUUCUAAAGUGGGUUAUUAUGUAUUUAUGGAUUAUAUGUAAGUGGUAUCAUUUCUAUAUUUCUGUUGAUUUUUCGGCAUCAGAUAUUUUCUAAAGGCACCGUUGUAAAUGAAAAUAAACAUAUGUCAAACAUGCAUAG